AUGUACACAUGUUUGAUGUGUCGUGACUCAUUAGCACUAUAACUUUGUCGUCUUCGUCAAUGAAAACACUCGAAACAUAACAUAUGGUGCUAAUUAACAAUUCCCUGUGUGGGAACUGUUUGGUAUUAAAUCCCACACAAAGUGGGAAUCUUUGGCCUUUAAGCAACCUUUGCUCCAAGCAAUUCUAACCCUUUUCCCAAUUCUUCUCUUCAAAACUCAAACUUUCAUCUUCUUCAAUUCUACCUUUCUUCUCGAGCUUCGAAAAAUGGCGAUCACACACGCUGAUCUUGAACCCAGCCGAAGAAAAACAGAUUUGAGUAGCAAAACCGGUGCCUUUCUCAUGGUUCUCACAAUUCUAAUAGGCCUCUUCUGCUUCGUCCUAUGUCUCAUAGCAGAAGCCACACGUUCCGAGGUGACGUGGAUGAACAGAGGUGGAAAAGAAAAUGGAGCGAAAUCAGAAUGUGUUUAUAGUGGUAGUGGGAAAGUGCCAUUACUGUGUGCUGUUUCUGCUUUUGUUGGACUUGCCUUUGCCAUGGUUAUGCAACACACUUACAUGUUGAUAGCUGUGAGUAAAUCAUCACCUUCUUUGCUUACAUGGGACCCUGAUUCUCCCUCUGCCAAGUCCCUCACAUUGCAAGCAGCGUUUUUCUUCGUUACAACUUGGAUUUGUUUCGGAGUUGCGGAGAUUCUGUUGUUGGCAGCACUGAGUGUAGAGUCAGGACAUCUGAAGAAUUGGUCGAAAGCGAGAAGAGGUUGUUACAGCAUCAGAGAAGGGUUGUUUUCUGCAGCAGGGGUGUUGGCUCUGACCACAGUUUUCUUGGCUGCUGGUUUAUACCUGAUAGCACUUCGUGCACAGAAAAUGGUAGAGGAAGUAGCCAGUGUUCGAAGAGAGGUUCUAGAGGCUUCUGUUUUGUAUGCUUCUCCACCGAGAUCACCCCAACCACACUACAUGUCAACCGUUGCGAGAGAGAACCCCACAAGCAGAGAGAACCAGAACGAGCUUCUCUUAUCUGUUUUUCCAACUCCGUUUGUUAAAAGUUAUGACUUUGUUUGAAUUGGAAAAAUGGAAGGGAGAAAGUGGGGUGAGGAGUUUUAUUGUGUAAAUUCAUUUCAUUGUGUAUAUAACUUCUGAAUAUGAUUCAGUGGCUCUUAUUAUCUCCGCUCGUAAAA